CGCUUCUGCCAUUUUCUAUCUCUUUGAUCUUGUGGUCUGUGGUCUUGCGGCGGCGUUUCUUUAACCGCUGUUGCUUAAUUUUUUAUAAAAAUGGAUUACCCUGUUAAUAUUAAGGCUGAUGCCAUUACACUUGUUAGUCAAUAUAUUCAAACAGUUGAUAAAUCUUUGGCGCAGAAAUUUAUCGAAAAAUCUAAAUUGAAACCAAGUCCGGACAAAUUACCAAACCUAUGUGAAAUUAUAAAAGAAUACAUAAAGCUGAAAAAGGUUUCUGCUCUUAAAGAUUUGUCGCGCGGUGCUGAAAGUGAUGAAAAGUCUAAGAAAGCUGUUCAAGUGAAUGGUAAGGCGCCAGCCGCGAAUAAGAAAAAAGAAUCCUCAGAUUCCGACAGUUCUGAAGAUGAAAAACAAUCAAAACCAAAUGCUAAAACUGUAGUUCCCAAACCACAAGCCAAGAAACCUCAAUCAUCAGAUGACAGCGACAGUAGCGAUGAUGAUGCCACAACAAAACCUAAGAAACAGCCAGUCAAGCCGCAACAAACAAAUACCCAAAAAGUUGUUAAAAAACAGUCAUCAUCUGAUGACAGCAGUGAUGAUGAUGAGAAAACUAAACCACAACAAAAUGCAACUGUUAAACCAAAAGCAACACCAGCAAAGCCAACAACUGGAAAGGCUCAAGUGACUAAAAAGGAAUCUUCAGACAGUGAUGACAGUAGUGAUGAUGAAAAGAGUAAAAAGCCAGCACCUAAACAACCUGUCAAAGCUGCACCUGCCAAGAAACAAGAGUCUUCAGAUGAUAGUGAUGACAGUGAUGAUGAAAAACCUAAAGCCCCACAAAAACCUAUCAAAACACAAGUUACUCCUGCUAAAAAACCAGGUAAGGUAGAAACCCCAAAAAAGCAAGCAUCCUCAGAUGACAGUGAUGACAGCAGUGAUGAUGACAGUAAAAAGUUGCCCAAAGCUGCCGCUAAGGCUCAAGUUACACCGGCUGUCAAAGCAACACCCAAGAAAAAGGCAUCUUCAUCAGAAGAUAGUGACAGUAGUGAUGAUGAAAAGAAACCAGCUCAAAAACAGGUUAAACCAGCUGUUGCAAAGCAAACUCCAGCUAAGACCCCGGUUAAAGUAGAAACACCGAAAAAACAAGCAGCAUCCUCUGAAGACAGUGAUGAUAGUAGUGAUGAUGACACUAAAAAGAAACCCAAAGUAGCCCCUAAACUGCCAGCCACCCCAGCUGUUAAAGUAGCACCUAAGAAACAGGCAUCUUCAUCUGAAGAUAGUGACAGUAGUGAUGAUAAUAAAAAAACAGCCCAGAAACAGGCCAAACCAGCUGUUGCUAAACCAUUAUCAAAGCCUACUCCAGGCAAGAAGCAAAAAUCAUCCUCAGAGGACAGUGAUAGUAGCGAAGAUGAAAAAACAGCCAAAAAACCUGCACCAAAGGCUGCACAAAAACCACAAACGAAAAAAGAAUCUUCAGAUGACAGUGAUGAUAGUGAGGAUGAAGCUCCCAAGAUGUUGCCUAAAACACCAGUGAAACUUGCCACACCAGCUAAGGCACCAACACAGGAGUCAUCUGAAGAUGACAGCAGUGACGAUGAGGCCCCUAAAAAGACUCCCGCACCAACACCAAAAUCAAAACCAGCUAAAAAAGAAUCUUCAAGUGAAGACAGUAGUGAUGAUGAACCGCAAGUCAAAACAUCAAAAAAAGCAGCUGAGUCAUCAGAUGACAGUGAUGAUGAUGAUGGUCCACCUGUGAAAGUAGCAAAGAAGUCGAAAUCCGAAAAUGCACAGGCUACAGAAAAUGGCUUCCAAGCUGGUAAAAAAAGGAAAGCAUCAGGAGGUGAUCCAACUCCAGCUAAAAAACCAUACAGCAAUUUUGUAAAGGAGGGCGAUGAGCAAGACGAAGAUGAAGUUGAUGGUUCACCACAUCACAAUUCCGGAAGAGGCGGGUAUAAUCGUGGCAGGGGAGGAUUUAACGAUAGAGGAGGCAGGGGAGGGUUUAGAGGUCGCGGAGGUUUCGAUAGGGGAGGCAGAGGCGGAUUUGGGGAUCGUGGGGGCAGAGGCGGAUUUGGUGACCGUAGGGGCAGAGGCGGAUUUGGCGACCGUGGAGGCAGGGGCGGAUUUGGCGACCGUGGGGGCAGAGGCGGAUUUGGUGAUAGGGGCAGAGGAGGUAGGGGUGGCCGCGGUGGCGACAGGGGCGGUCGCGGUGACCGUCACUCCUGGGGAGGGGAUAGAGGGGGCUUCAACAAAGGCGGAUUCAAUAACAGAAAAAGUUUUGAUGGGGGGGACAAUAAUUCUCAAAACAAAAAAAUAACAUUUGACUAAAUGGAGUGGAGCUCGCGGGUCAUGGGGUGAGCGCGCGAAUCUGGACUUGAAGCACACGCGAGGCAAGUCUUUCAAACACGAGAAAAC